AUAAUUUCCACAGGCGUGAUCGGUAACGCCGGAAUCAGUGAUAAUGGUUUCAUUAAAGCAUUUUUUAAUUAAUUUUGUUUGUACAGUAGUUAUAUUUAGUUUUGUAGAUGGUAGCAAUUCGGGAGAAUACAGUAAACCUGAAAUAGGCAGACUCGGGAAAACGAGAAGAAACAAAAUGGCUCAAAAGACCGCAGUGAACACUCUAUCGAACGUUAUCACACAGAUUCAGAAUCUCCCCACAAUGGAACUAGGGCGGAAGUUCAGAACGCCUUGUAAGACCGGAAAUAAAUGUGGAAAGGUAAUAAAACGGCUUAUGGUACCAAAGCUGGCGCAGCUGGAGAACACAAUCAUGGGUAUCUUCAAAGAUCUAGCGAAGAUGCCACCUGGGUCACGACUUCCCGAUAAGUCCACGAAGACUGAGCCCAUCAAUUUGUUGCUUGAUCAGAAUUAUAAAGAGGAUGUUUGUAUGGAUAAAUUGGAAAGUUGUCUGAAGGAAGACAAGCGUCGCAAGCGUAUCUUAAAGAAGUUGUUCUUCAAGAAAUACAACGCUCUACGGCUCGAGCUGAUAGGAUACGGCGGCAGAAGGCUGUGGGGUGGGGAAGGCAACCUUUUCUAUAGGAGAUAGUUGUACUAUAAUGUUUACAGUUAGGUUUUAAGUUUCUUUAAUUGUAUUAAAUGCAAG